AAUGCCUUGAAUUGUGUGCAAAUAGGACAUGGGGUUUUUUUUUGGAUGGACACUGUAAUUUUCUUCUCAAUCUGUUUCUCUUUCUUCUUCGAUUUCACAGAGAGAAUUCCAACAAUGGCCGAAGCCGACAAUAGUUGCAGAGACAAGAGGUGGAGUCUCCAAGGCAUGACUGCCCUUGUUACUGGCGGAACCAAAGGGAUCGGGUAUUCCACAGUGGAGGAACUUGCAGGGUUUAGGGCAACGAUACACACGUGCGCGAGGGACGAAACUCAGCUUAACGAGUGCUUACGCGAAUGGCAAACAAAGGGGUUUUCAGUCACUGGUUCAGUCUGUGAUCUCACCUCUCGUUCCGACAGAGAGAAGCUUAUGGACACUGUCUCCUCUCUGUUCCAUGGCAAACUCAACAUCCUCAUAAACAAUGUGGGAGCUGUUAUUGUAAAGCCGACUAUAGAAUAUAUAGCAGAAGAUUUCUCAUUUCACAUUUCCACGAACUUGGAGUCAGCUUACCAUUUGAGCCAGCUCGCACACCCUUUCCUGAAGGCCUCGGGUUAUGGGAGCAUCGUGUUCAUGUCCUCUGUCGCCGGGGUUGUAUCCCUUAGUGUCGGCUCCAUCUAUAGUGCAACCAAAGGAGCUAUGAACCAGCUUGCAAGAAACCUGGCUUGCGAGUGGGCAAGCGACAACAUAAGGGUUAAUGCCGUUGCUCCUGGAGUCAUUGCAACUCCUCUAGCUGAAGCUGUUUAUGAUGAGGAGUUCAAGAAGAUCGUGACAUCGAGAAAGCCGUUGGGCCGUUUUGGAGAGCCGAAGGAGGUAUCGUCACUCGUGGCGUUUCUGUGUAUGAAUGCUGCUUCUUACAUAACGGGUCAGACCAUUUGCGUGGAUGGAGGUCUCACCGUUAAUGGCUUCUCCUAUCAGCCCCAAGCUUGAGAACGAGUGAACACUUUUCAGAAUAAUAUGCAGUGUGGUUUUUGGUUUCUUGAAUAAGGUUUUCUGAUUCUGUUAUGUCACCGGGGGAGCAAGAGAGCUCGGGUCUGUCUUGAAUGAAAGUCUUGAACAUUACAGUCAAUUGCUAUGCGACUGCAACUCCAUUGCGUGAAACUGUGACUGAAUCUUUUCUUCC